AUGGAAGCACUGCCAUAUUUUGUAUAUUCUUACAAACACAAUGAAGUUAUACACCCAAAAACCAAGUAUUCCUCGUUGGAUGAAAAUCUUGUAUCUUUAUACAGAAGAGAAUGUUUGUUGCAACUAAAUGACCAGUGUGCACAAGCAUUUGAAGCAGAUGAUCAAAGUGAAGCUGAUUUUAGUUUGAAGACUGUAGAAGACUAUGUAGUGCCAUGUCUUGGAAUCUUAUCAAAUUCUGAACAUCCUGAGGAUAGUGCAGCUGCUGAAGAUAUUCGAGACAGAUGGUAUAGUUUACUAGGACAAGAAAUUAAUGCUUCCUUGCAAGAAAAAUUCCAAGAUUUUUUACCAAAGCUUAUAGAUGUGUCAGCUGAUGUCUGUACAUUGAAAAUGCCACCUUUAUCAAGACUUCGGAAAUCACAUGACUUGGCUGAAAGAUAUGCCGAGAUGAUGGAGUUAGUUAUUAGUAGUGGACUUUUUAGUACUAACAAUUUGAAGUCGUAGCAGUACCUUAGUGUUUAUACUUACUCGUACAGACAAGCUAUAGCAGUACCUUAGUAUAGAUAUGUUUUCUGUAAGCUGGCUGAAAAACUUGUACAGAGCAUGAGAAAAUGCACAAUAGCUGAAACUUGCCUUGGUUUGAUGUAUGAAAAAACCAGGCACACUAGAAAAAAAAAUGUGCAAUUACGAAGAAAAAGAGACUGACUCAUAGGUUGCUUGUCAUGAGUAUGAUUGAUAUGACCAAAGUGACAUGAGUGCUGUACAGAGUGUACCUCCUUUGUUACACUUUUACCGAUACCUCAGUUUUACAUUCUCCAAGUCCUUGUACUUUCUCAGCCCACUAUCCAUCAGUCAUUACACGCAAUAUUAUAAUUGUAUUGGGUUAAAACGGAGGGUUCGUCACCUUACACAAGUAGCAAUUGAGUCCUAGGAGAUAAUAACAAUGCACGCUUAAAAUGCAAAGGCUCAUGGGUAGGCUCUUGUUUGUAAACAACGACACACUA